GGCCGGGCUCCGCAGUGGCGGGGGGGGCUGGCGGGGGCGCGCGCGGCGGCGGGGGGCGCGCGCGGGGCGCAGCGGCGGCAGCAAGAUGGCGGCGCGGGCGGCGCAGGGCCCGGCAGCCCGCGGGCGCGCCUAGGCCCGGGGCAGCCCCCCCACAGCCCGGCCCGGCGGGGCCCCCCCCCCCCGGCGGCGCGGCCGGCCGGCAGGAUGCUGCCCUCGCAGGAAGCCUCCAAGCUCUACCAUGACAACUACGUGCGGAACUCGCGCGCCAUCGGCGUGCUCUGGGCCAUCUUCACCAUCUGCUUCGCCAUCAUCAACGUGGUGGUCUUCAUCCAGCCCUACUGGGUGGGCGACAGCGUCAACACGCCCAAGCCCGGCUACUUCGGGCUGUUCCACUACUGCGUGGGCAGCGGGCUGGCGGGCCGGGAGCUGUCGUGCCGCGGCUCCUUCACCGACUUCAGCACCAUCCCCUCGGGCGCCUUCCAGGCCGCGGCCUUCUUCGUGCUGCUCUCCAUGGUGCUGACGCUGGGCUGCAUCACCUGCUUCGCCCUCUUCUUCUUCUGCAACACCGCCACCGUCUACAAGAUCUGCGCCUGGAUGCAGCUGCUGGCAGCGCUCUGCCUGGUGCUGGGGUGCAUGAUCUUUCCCGAUGGCUGGGAUGCCGAGACCAUACGGGACAUGUGUGGGGAGAAGACGGGGAAGUACUCCCUGGGCGACUGCUCCGUGCGCUGGGCUUACAUCUUGGCCAUCAUCGGCAUCCUCAACGCCCUCAUCCUUUCCUUCCUGGCCUUUGUCCUCGGCAACCGGCAGAACGACCUGCUGCACGAGGAGCUCAAGACAGAGAGCAAAGAUUUUGUCGGCACUGCGAGGAUAUAAGGCCAAGCGCCUGCAGCAGGACCCUCUUCCCGUGGCCGGCAGCCUGGGCACUCCCUCCUCAUCCUGCCCUUCGUCUGCUGCCAGUGGAUACGCAGCGUCCCGUGCCGCCCCCCGGGCCCCACCGCCCACACUGGGACCCGCCGUGUCCACGGCCACCUCCAUGUCCACGCCGGCACCGCCAUCCCACGCAUCCCGCCAGCUCCGCUCCCCCCACCGCCCGCAGGCCGCCGCCAGGGGAGGACGCCUCCAACCUGCUUCCUUCAAGAACAGCGUCCAACUGUGGUUUUGUUCCAAGGGAAAAACAAUCUCCGAGUUUUUAACAGAUUUCUACAUCCCCAGGACUCCUGACCCACCGCCUUCCACCCGAACGCGUGCCCAGCAGUGCCCCAUGCCGGCUGCUCCGGGCCCCAGUCCCCUCCCUGCUCCCAUUUUGUACAGCUCCGUGAUCCUGUCUCCACGGCCAGGAGACCCGGCAGCCAGAAUGGGGCCCAACUGCUACUUUUACGUGUAAAUUAAUAUUCUCUAAACAGGGUAAAAGUGACUCGAGCCCCCUCGCCCCGGUGCCUGGCCCCUGGACAUGGUGUUUCCCAGCGUGUGGCCAGGGCCACAGGCUGCCACUCCUUGUCCCCCAGCACAGGGACCGCAGGGCCUCGCUGCCACCAGCCGCUGGGACAUCCGGACACGCUGCUGCUGAAUGUAAGCCCUGGUAAGUGGGAGCAGCUGAACAUGCAAAACCCCCUGGGCAGGCACAGCAGGACCCCCAACUCAGCCCCAUUCCCAAGCUGGCCCCCAAGCUGUUGCCAAACGCCUUCCCUCCCCAUCCCAUACGGUGCUUUAUCUCCACUGGUGACAGCAAGGCUCUCCCUGCCACACGGCAUGGCUGGGGGUGACACAGGCACUCCUGUGCCCAUCCUGGCCAUGUCCCCUGGCUGCAGCUUGUUGGCUCGUGGUGAUGGCCUGCAGGGAGCCAGCAGCAGCUGCUCAGGGCAGGGCUGAGCACGGCAGCCUCCGACAAGGACCUGGCCUCAGCUGCACACACAGCGCCCGAGAGCUGGCACUGACACCUCCAGGCACUCUCCCGGCACGGGCAGCCACGGCCCAGCUGUGGCUCUGCUGGCCAGACCAGUGUGUGGGCUUCCCCAGGGCCUGGCCACGGGGGUCUUGGGUUGCCGCAGCCCUUGCAAUGCAAUAAAGUCCUCAGCACUGGACAUGUCUCAGUGCAAGUAGCCAGGGGCUGUUUGCAGGGCCCCCACCUCCUUGAGAACAAUGGGCUGGGGGCUCGCGGAGGCCCUGGCAGGGCUGGACCCAGGCACUGGGCAAGGCCUGGGAGCGGGAAUGAGCCGGGUGCAGGGAGCAGAGCAGGACCGUGGCACCGGGGUGGGCAGCCCUGGGCAGAGGAGCCACUGCCCAUCCACAGGCAGGGCCAUGGCACGAGGAGGCUGCUGGAGACAGCAAGGAAGAACCAUUGCCAGCUGGUGAGGAGGGGGCUGUCAGGAGCUGGUAAGUCCUGCCCUGCGGGGUGGCGGUGAGGGAUGGAGCUGUGCCAGAACAUCCAUCCACCAGGAGCCAAAGUCACCCGGCACUCCUGCCAACGGCCUCGGCCAGAGACGAGCCCGGCAGUGCCCGCAUCCCCCCGGAAGCAUCCACAUCCCUCCGGCAGCGCCUGCGUCCUUCUGGCAGCGUCCACAUCCCUCCAGCAGUCGCCUCCCUGGAGCGAGGCUGGCAGGAGCCCCCCAGCAGUGCCCAGGUCUCGCCAGCUUCAGAGGGCUGUUGCCGGCUGCAUUGGAAAAACAAAGGAAGAAAAUCAGUGGAGAAAGGAAUACAGUAGCUGUAAUAUAUCUGUAUUUUAGUACAAAGUUUGAUACAGUGUUUCACAAAACCUUAUUGAAAAAUAUAAUUCAAA